GCUUGUUCUGACAAGAAAAUGGGUGUUUCAACCGUCACGCUAAAUGUGUCGGUGCUAUUAAAGGUCCUUUACGCUGGUUUUGGAAAAAUAUCCUUAAGCUGACCCUCUUUUUUCAAACCGUGCAGCUUCAUGGCUUUUCUUUAUGUUAAUAUCUUCCUGAAAAUGAAUUCUCUGUCACCAGGGGAAUGCUCCUGGCUAACAGAAGCAGAUGGUGGCAGGGACGCGGCGCUGCGAUUCCUCGGCAAGCGAAACCUGCCCCUGUAGGUGCCAAGUCUGUGAACACUUGCAAAGUUCAUUUGAUUAACACAUACAGCAUAGCAUAAAUACGCUCAGGAACUAGAUUUUGUUCUGGAUUAACAACCUAACAAUGCGUGUUUCCGUCAGCACAGGUAGAUCCGCAGGCAGACCUUGCAGUCCGUGCUGCACCAUUAUGUAACAGCGGGAUCAAGACCAUAACCUCAUUUAUAUGCCUCUCGAUUCAGUCGUGACAAACAAGCAGAGCUGGAUCCAUGCUGGGCUGUUGGCAGUGUAGUCAUUUCAGCUGGUGUUGGUCAGUAUGUGUGUUCUGUAGGUGCCAUUUCCAUACAAGCACACAGCAGUCUAGUUGUUGUUUCUGUUAUGUAUAAAAUGAUUCUCGCAGUCUAAUAUCCUCUUUGAGUUCUGAGGGAAGCAAUGAGACUGAAACUUCUGCGCCUUCAGGCUGGAUCUUUCCACUCUUUAACAACCAUAUGCCGACACCAAACCUUUAAUAAAACUGGGCCUCCACUGCUAAAGCUGCGUAACGAAAUUGACAGGACAGCAAGGAAUUCGUUUGCUCUGAAAACUGCUUCCUCUUGUUUGACAAGUCGAUGUGUGCAAGUGAAGAAUUGGCAACUGAUCCAAGGAAAUGUAUCGGCUUUGGGAAAAAAUGUGCAUUAUCAGAGGAGGGAGAUGUUUUUUUCACCCUGGAAACGUUUUGGUAUGGCAGCAAUGGAAAACUACAGGCUCAAUAUGGAGCAUUUUAAAAAGCUUCGGAACAUAUCACCAAGAUUUUACUCGAUUGUAGCAGCUUCUAAAAUUAUUCCAAAACACAGUAACCAGCCAGUUAAGAGGCCACCAAAGGCGCCGAGGACCAAGCAGCCAUCCAGAGCUAACCAGCCACUACCGUCAGACAUGGAGAAUCUGAUGCAGUGCACAGCCUUUGCAACAGCAGAUGAGUAUCAUCUUGGUAAUCUGUGCCAUGACCUGACUUCACAUGGAUAUGUUGAAAUAACAAGUUUGCCUAGAGAUGCUGCAAAUGUUUUGGUGAUUGGUACUGAGAAAUCUGCAAAAGAUGAUGAUGCUGGCAUGAUUUUUUUCUUCAGGGAAGGGGCUGUUGUGUUUUGGAAUGUGGAAGAGAAAAGUAUGAAGAAUAUAAUGCGAGUGCUAGAACAGCAUGAAAUUCAGCCAUAUGAAGUUGCACUAGUCCAUUGGGAGAAUGAAGAGAUGAACUAUAGAAUAGGAGAAGGGCAGUCAAAGCUUCAUAAGGGAGAAAUCUUGUUAAAUUCUGAGCUGGAUAUUGAUGAAGUUGUUCUGCAGAAAUUUGCCUUUUCAAAUGCCCUUUGUCUUUCUGUAAAACUGGCUAUCUGGGAAUCAUUAUUGGACAAUUUUGUGGAAUCAAUCCAGUCAAUUCCUGAGAUACUAAAAUCAGGAAGAAAGGUGAAACUGUCUCAUGCAGAUGUGAUGCAGAAAAUUGGAGAACUCUUUGCAUUAAGACACCGCAUAAAUCUGAGUUCCGACCUGCUAAUAACACCUGACUUCUACUGGGAUAGAGAAAAACUGGAAGAGCUUUAUGACAAAACUUGCCAGUUUCUCAACAUUAAUCGCAGAGUCAAGGUAAUGAAUGAAAAGCUUCAACACUGCAUGGAGUUGACAGACCUAAUGCGAAAUCACCUGAAUGAAAAACAUGCUCUGCGCCUUGAGUGGAUGAUAGUAAUACUCAUCACCAUAGAGGUUUUAUUUGAACUUGCAAGGGUAGUUUUCUGACCACAGAUGAAACUCUGGAAGAAAACUGACAAACCAAUAAAGACCACGUGGCCAAGAAAAUGCUUCUAGAAAAUAGUGGAGUUGUCCCUCUUGAUAAAUAUGUACAUAUUCUGCUGAAAUAAAAAACAAAUCUGUGAACAUUA